AUGACGGACGCGUUGUACCUGGCUGCCGCUGCCUGUGGCAGGGGCCCGCCUGCGAGGCAGGUUCCCAAGCUCCCCGAGGGCCGCGAGCUCGUGCAGACGCAGCGGGUGUUAGAGGCCCGCCGGCGGGUUACCCGCGACGGCGUGCAGCGCGCGAUCUACAGCAAGGAUGUCAUCAGGAUUUGCAGGGAGAUCUGGACUGCGAAGCACGAGCGAGCAGCCCAGGGCGAUCCCCGAGCACGAGCGCCUCGCCGAGCUCGGCAUGGCCCGAUCCACAACCAGCCGAUGAACGCGGGGGAGCUCGAGGAUGACCCGCUGGGGAUCAAGGGGCUCCUGGAGCGCGAGUGCGGCGACGCUUUCAGGGCCAGCGACGGGGGGGGCCUGUCGGGGUCUCUGUCUACCCCGCCCGCUUCACGACGGAGGAUGUCCUCGAUGUCCCGGGCUCCGUGCGACAUGAAGCCCAUGAAGGCUCCUGGUGUGGGCGGGGUGGUCGCCGAGGUCCUGCUGGCCCUCGGCGCGGGCUUCUUCGCCUCGCUCGCGGCCGUCUUCGAGAACCGCUUCCGCGGGGGGUGCCGACCGAUCGCGCCCCCGACUACCUUCGAGAAGCUAUGCUCGGUUGGCCUGAUCAAGAAAUGCGCCAACAAGCUGACCCUGCGGAGCCCACAGUACGCCUAUCGGAGGCGCCACCAAGCGAUGGGCGCGAUCUUCAGCAUGCGCGUGCUGACGGAGAAGGCCCGCGAGUGGAGCCGCUCCACCUUCAUCGUGGACGGCGAUGCAGACGUCGCCUUCGACCGCGUCUCGCACCGCUCGGUCGAGGAGACACUGAGAAGAAGGGCUGUGCCGAGGCCCGUCAUCCUAGCCAUCAUGAGGGAGUUGAAGGCCUCGGCGGUGAUCAAGGUGGGCUCCAUCCAGACGCAACCAGAACCUCGGACUCGCGGCGUUCGACAGGGGGGCCCAGCCAGCGCGAUCCUCUUCAAUCUAGUGCUGGAGGAUGUCUGGAAGGAGUUCCUGGGCGAAUGCUGGACACGCGGCUGGAGCUACGAGUUCCCAGGCGAGGCGACGCUGCACGAGGCGGGACUUCUCUACGCCGACAACUUCUGGCUGUUUGCGGGCACGGCCGAGUCGCUGCGCCAGAUGGCGACGGCUUGGCGGCGCAUCCUGCGACGCGCGGCUGGUGCGUCUAUCCUUCGGUUUGGCGACUACCAGAUGAGGGUCGAGGAUGGCGCCCCGGCGCGCACGCCUCGUGCCGAGGGCGCCCCCUGCCUCGGCUCUGCGUUCACCUUCGAUGGAAGGUCUUGGAAGGACACGCAGCACAGGGAGGCGUGGCAUCGGCGCGCCAGGCGCCUGCGUGCCAGCGCACGCGACCUGGUCAGAACCUGGAAAGGCGGCGGCUCGGUGCGCUUCCACGCUGGCCUGGCCAGUGCAGUGGACCUGCUCAACGGCCAUCACGGGUCCUCCGCGGGGGACAUGGCGGCAGGGCGUGCAGGGCGUGCUGCAGGAGGUGGCGCUGGAGGCGGGGGCAUCGACGAGGAGACGAGGUUCGAGCUGGCGCGCAUGUCGGCCAAGCUCUUCGACGCCAAGACCAAGCGCGAGAUCCUGCAGGUGCUAUCGACGUACUUCCGGGACUCCCCCGGGAGCCUGCCCUUGUGGCUCUGCGUGCAGCUCGGCCUCGGCGAUCGGGUGUUGGCCCACCUGGGGCGGCUGUCGAACGGGGCGGACACUGCCGAACCAGAUGUACUUCUCGACGACCGCUUGAUCAUAGCCUGCAUCAAGAGAGAGAUGCUUGUCGGAAAAGGAGAUUGGAUUCUCACAGAGGUGGAGGCGGCGCUACGGCCGCACUUGGAGAGCACCGGCCGGGACAUCACGUCCACGAAGAAGGAGGCGGCGACGGCGCUCCUCCUCAUGGAGAUGAAGUGCUGCUACAACUUCGAGCGCGAUCCGGACAUCUCAGCGCUGAGGGCCCUCCUCGAGGGCGCCGGCGCGGACCCGAACGCCACGGCCAGCAGCCUCGGCUCACAGGUAUUCGAGAAGUGCGCGCGCAUCUGCGACAGCGUGGCCGAGGAGAGCGAGUACAGGUUCCCGCUGUUCACCCUCGCGGUCAACACCUACUGCAGCCCGGAGGGCGCAGAGGCUGCGAUCGAGCUGAUGCUGAAGCACGGGGCGGACCUGGACCAGGUAGACGAUGAUGGCGACACGGCGCUGACCGUCAGCUUCAUGAAGGAGAACAUUGCUGUGGCGGAAUCCCUCAUCCGCCACGGCGCAGACAUCUCGAGCGCCGCAGAUGCUUGGGAAACUUACCAGGCCUGGGAGCACCCGCCGCACCUGCGGCGGCUGGCGGCGGCGCUGCGGGGCAGGACGGAGGACGUGUGGACCCCGAGGCAGAGGCUCCUGCUCGGCCUCUCGGCGGCCGACGAGGUGCCCGAGAUGGUGGGGCACUUCGAGGACUGCGAGGAGGCUGCACGGGCGCUCCUGCUCGCCCGCGGCCACUGCGGGCCGCGGCACCCCACGCUGGACGCCCUGGAGGCUGCGCUGCGCGAGACGUGGGGCGAGGAGGAGUUCGACCAGGCGUGCCUGCGCGCGGCCACGUCGUCGAUGAGGGCGGAGGUCUCUGGAGCGCUGGAGGGCAUGUGGCGCUUGGACUGCGACUUCGCGCUGCAGCUCCUGUCGGCGGGGGCGGACGCCUCCGCGCGGGUGGUACUGCCGCUGGCCGAGGAGGACGGCGCGGCUCACCCGGACGACAUCGACGAUGAGGACGAGUCUGACCAAGAGGCUGGAGACGAGUCUGAGGUGCGGAGUGGUCUGUUCGGCUACGCCGUGGACGACGACGUUGAAGACUUCGUCGAGGACAGCGACGUUCUGUCGAGCGGCGAUGGCGCCAGGAGCGAGUCGGAGUGA